UUUCAAUUUGGCUUUUUCUCACCAGUUACAAAAAGUGUAAUAUUUUAGCGGCAAUUUUGUUGUGAAUAAAUUCGAGUCUUUUAUUUUGAAUUCAUUCAUUAAAUAAUGAGUUGGUUUUCUGCUUUACGUUCGAAUGGUCAACAAACAACUUCUGCUCGACAACAAUAUGAAGAUGAACAAUAUCAAGAAGAAAUUGUUGCUCAAUUUUAUCUAUCAUUUCCUAAAUUAGAAUGUGUAUGUAAUGAUUAUUGUGAUGAUGAUAAGCUUUCUGCCGGUGUUGCUUCGGUUCAAGGUUGGCGUGUUAAUCAAGAGGAUGCCCAUAUCUGUGAUCUUAAUUUUGAUCCUGUCAAUCGUUUGGCAUUGUUUGCCAUUUUUGAUGGCCAUAAUGGACCCGAAAUUGCUUGUUACGCUGCCAAACACUUACCUCAAUUGAUUAAAAAUAAUUCCCAUUAUUGGAAAAAAGAUUAUGGCAAAGCAUUGGAAGAAGCAUUCUUACAAUUCGAUUCUUCACUAUUGGACAACGAUGUUAAUAAUGAAUUGAAAAACAUAAGUCACCAAUAUGAAUUAUGUUAUGGCCGUAUAAAACGACGCCAAACUUCGCCAUUAUUAGCAAUGGUGACAGGUUCAACAGCCGUGGUUGCCUUAUUAUGUAAACAGAAUGGCCAGCUGCAUGUGUCCAACAUUGGUGAUUCACGAUGUGCAAUUUACAACAAAAACAAAUCUCAUCCAAUGACCUUGGAUCAUAAACCCACCGAUGCGAAAGAACUUAAAAGAAUUGAAAUGUCUGGAUCUCGUGUCAUAAAUGGCCGUAUCAAUUCGGGUUUAAAUUUAUCUCGCGCAUUUGGUGAUUAUAUGCUCAAAUCAAAUGGAUCUCUUGGCCCGAAAGAACAAGCUGUAAUUGCCUGGCCAGAUUUGACUGUAUCAAACGAAAAGUUCCGUCGAAAUGAUUUUAUUGUUCUUGCCUGUGAUGGUAUUUGGAACUCCAUGAACGAAAAAGAAGCUUGUUCAGUUAUUAAAAAAUGCAUCAAAAAGAAAAUGAAACCUUCGAAAAUUUGUCAGGAAGUAAUUCAGAGAUGUAUAUCACCUGUACGACCGAUAGAUGGUCAAAAUGGUGGCGAUAAUAUGACCUGUAUAGUUGUUAAAUUCGAACAAGAUUUACCCUAGAAUCUAGUUAUUUUAUAUCACUGUUGACCCUUUUUUCAAUUUGAAACACAAGUUCAUUUUUGGGCUUUCAAAAUGUAAUUUUAUUUUUCUUAUCUUUUUAUAAAUAAAAAUUCAAAGAGAAUCGCAAAGAA